GGCCGGGAGGGAAGAGGCGCGGGCGGCGGGCGCCCCGUGCUGCGGAGGGGCCGGUCCGGGGCGGCUGGGCGGGAACCGGCCCCGCUCCCGGCCGUUGUGAGGUGCUAGAGCCGCUGCGGGCAACGCCAGAGCGGGGGUGCCUGAUGCUCUAGGCCGGCACAGCUGUUCGUUCUGGAAGGGAGGAACGCUGAGGGUAAAACUGGAUUUUUAUUAGAAAUUCUACAAGAGUGAUACUAUCAGUGAAGAUGUCAUACUUAAUUAAAGGAGUUAAAUGUUGCAGUCCUGUGAAUCAGAUGCACAAAAUAACAGGAAAUCUGUUUAAAGCACACAUAUUAAAGAACAUAUUGGGCAUCAAUGAACAACAAUUCAAAAUUUCACGUGCAUUAUCUCAACUUAGUUCUGAAAAGGCAAACUCUUAUAAUUAUGUCAUUGUUGGAGCUGGAUCAGCAGGGUGUGUAUUAGCCAACAGGCUGACUGAAGACCCUCUCAGUACAGUACUACUUUUGGAAGCAGGCCCUAAAGAUACCCUUCUAGGUAGUAAAAGACUGAUGUGGAAGAUUCAUAUGCCUGCUGCAUUAACAUACAACCUCUGUGAUGAGAAAUAUAACUGGUAUUACCACACAACAUCACAAAAGCAUAUGGAUAACCGAGUUAUGUACUGGCCCCGUGGAAGAGUGUGGGGUGGUUCCUCUUCUCUCAAUGCUAUGGUAUACAUUCGUGGGCAUGCAGAAGAUUAUAACCGAUGGAGCAGGGAAGGGGCUAUAGGAUGGGACUAUGAACAUUGCUUGCCCUAUUUUAAGAAGGCACAGACACAUGAACUGGGGCCAGAUCAGUACAGAGGUGGAAAUGGACCCCUGUAUGUGUCAAGAGGGAAAACAAACCAUCCUCUUCAUCAUGCAUUCCUGGAGGCAACCCAACAAGCUGGGUAUCCCUUCACAGAUGAUAUGAAUGGCUAUCAGCAAGAAGGAUUUGGCUGGAUGGACAUGACUAUAUACCAAGGUCAAAGAUGGAGCACAGCUAGUGCUUACCUUCGCCCAGCCAUGUCACGCCCAAAUUUGUCAGUUGAAGAGAAGACACUUGUAACAAAAAUCUUGUUUGAAGGAACAAAAUCUAUUGGUGUUGAGUAUGUGAGAAAAGGACAAAGGAAAAAGGCUUUUGCCAGUAAAGAAGUUAUUUUAAGUGGAGGUGCCAUAAAUUCUCCACAGCUGCUUAUGUUGUCUGGGAUUGGCAAUGCAGAUGAUCUAAAAAAACUGGGGAUUCCUGUUGUUUGCCAUCUUCCUGGGGUAGGCCAGAACCUUCAGGAUCAUUUAGAAGUGUACGUCCAGCAAAAGUGCACCAAACCUAUUACUCUAUAUAACGCACAGAAGCCAGUUAACAUGGUGAGGAUUGGUCUAGAAUGGCUUUGGAAGUUUACAGGUGAGGGAGCCACUGCCCACUUGGAAUCUGGUGGUUUUAUCCGAAGUGAACCAGGGGUUCCUCACCCCGACAUUCAGUUCCACUUUCUCCCUUCCCAGGUUAUUGAUCAUGGUCGUGUUGCUUCUACAAUGGAAGCUUACCAGGUCCACGUGGGACCCAUGAGGAGCACAAGUGUGGGCUGGCUAAAGCUGAAGAGCACAGACCCAAACGACCAUCCUAUCAUUGAGCCAAACUACUUGUCAACAGAAAGAGAUAUUGGGGAAUUCCGCCAGUGCGUCAAGUUGACCAGAGAGAUCUUUGCUCAGAAAGCUUUUGAAAAAUUUCGUGGGCCUGAAAUUCAACCAGGAAACAAUGUUCAGUCUGACAAAGAAAUAGAUGCUUUCAUAAGACAGAGAGCUGACAGCGCUUAUCAUCCUUCCUGCACCUGUAAAAUGGGUCAGCUUUCAGAUAGCACUGCUGUAGUUGAUCCCCAAACAAAAGUAAUUGGUGUUGAAAACUUGCGAGUAGUAGAUGCUUCAAUAAUGCCCAGUGUUGUCAGUGGAAAUUUGAAUGCCCCAACUAUUAUGAUAGCAGAGAAAGCUGCAGAUAUAAUUAAGGGCCUCCCAUCACUUCAGGAGAAAAAUGUUCCUGUAUAUAAGCCCAAGACCUUGAAAACACAGAGAUAAACAAAUGUUCUCAUCCUUUCACAUCUUUAGCUACUUAGGCUUUCAAGAGCAUGUUGCUAUCUCUUACUGAACAUGCCAAAAAAAACCCCAAACAUGCAAAACAACAUAUCCUAUUAAAAUAACUAUUAAUUUGAACCAUUCUCUUAUAUUAGACUACCUAUUCACUUUUUUUUUAAUCAGUUAGCUUAAGCUGCUUAUUUUAGUUAAAUAUAACCUUUUGUGGCACAACUCAGAUUUUUUUGUUGAAGAGAAGCUAUUUCUAAAUGACAAGACCGUUGUGCACAUAAGCCAGAAAUACAGUGCAGUUUUAUGAAGAAAGGAAGAGAUUAUAUGUGCUAUUUUGAAAAUCAUUAUGGUAUACCUUGUUAUUUAAAGGAAAGAUUUUAACUGCUGUGAGAGUGUUACCCAGGAUAGCAGCUAGCAGUAAUCCUCACAUCCUGCAAAGAAUGGUUAAGCAAACUUAAGCAUUUAUGUAAUUUCAUAUUUGCAGGCCAAAUUAGUUCAUAUCAGAAUUCACAGGAGGGAGCAGAACCUGCACAUGUUCAGUAUUUCUCAAAUGUGAUUUUUUUAUGAGAGGAAUGCACAGUUUAGAGAUCCUCACUUGAAAGUUAGACUUCAGCAUGCUUAGCAGUCUUAACUCUAUAGUAUUCAAAAAUAAGACAAAUGUAUUUAUCAGAAAAUUACUUUUCUAAAAAAUGCAGAACAGGAGCUGAUAUUUGUAAAAAUAUAUUGGAAAACUGGAACUCCUCCUUGGGUUUUUUUUGCAAGGAGCUUAGCAGAAUUCAGUUCACAAAUUAAGCUCAUUAAUUGUACCACUUCAUCAUUUAGCCCAGUAAGAGUUCUGCACUUUCUAUAACAUCCUUAAAGUUACUGGUCUUUGUUCUAAGAUAAAUGUUUGCAAAAGAUAUUUCUCAGCAAACAUUCUGAAUAGUGCCUUGCUAUCACUCAAAUUUUACUAAAAAAAAUUACAGCCAAGCUAGAUUUAAAAUGAAAAGUUACUCAACUGCGUAAGGCCAGAUAUUGAUGAUACAGGAACAGGUGUUUUUAAAUUAGAAGGCAAGUAACUUAAUCAGUGAACCAAUGCUAUAUUUUAGUUAGAACUUAAGUCUUUGUUUUAUUAUCUUCAGAUGUGUAAAACAAAAUACAUGAUCUUUCAUGGCUCUUUUCUGUCAAUCUAAUUUUCAGAUAAUGAUUUAAAGAAAAUAAAUCUAAAGAAACUGAACUCA